AUGAUUGUUUUAAUAAUGGUAAUUUUACUUUUAUUGCCCUUCCGAAACCAAGCUUAAAGAUUAAAACUUUAAGGACCAAAGCCUAUAUAUAUGAAUUGCAUAUAGAUAGACGAAAGAGAGAAUGGCUUUGUUGGAAGCUAGUACUUUUACGAGUACCUUUCAUAAUCUGGAAAUCUGCUAAAUCUUGAUAAGAUUACAUUCACCUUAUGGAUAAAUAUAUAUAAACAAUCGAAAUUGAGUGGAAAAUAAAUUUUGUUUGCUUUUGUCGAUGGCAACACAAAUAAUCCUUACAUUAAUUUAAUGUUAUAUUAUUAAACAUCUGCAGGAAAUUAUAAUAUGACCUUAUUGAAUUAGAGAUAGUCUCCAGAGAUCGUUAAUAUAACAUAGUAAAAUGAUCUUUAUAUUGGCAGUUGGUGUCAUAUAGUAUUAUCUAUAGAUUAGAGCACUAACAAUACAUUUAUUAAUUUCAAAUUCUUUUCUACAAUUGAUUGGAAGAUGAAUUCGAUUUAAGAGACUUUAGUUAAUUAAAAAUUAAAAUAUAAUUUUGGGGUGCAUUCUAGAAUAACAAAUGAGUAAUUAUUUAACACUUCUACUGAUUACAAAGCAUGUGUAAACAUUGCCAAUUUUUAUUAUAUCAAUGGAUGGACAACAAUGGAUUCAGAAAUUUAUUUGGAUUAUGAUUUAGAAUUGAAAUACUUUCUAAAACCUUAUCAGCUAAAAGGUCUUAAUGUUACAGAUUAAUUUACGAAUGUAGCUUUGAGAUAAUAGUCCAACCCAAUAUUUUAUAGUGAUUCUGUUGGAUUGCUGUUAUUUAAGAAUACACGGAUAGUUCCUUAACAAUUAUGUUUUGGAUUAAACCAUAAAAUAUAGUAUCUCUUUUUUAGUUUAUUUCUUUGA